CCUAGCCAAAGCCAUCCUCCCAAAAGGCCAGCUGCAGCCGCCAAGGAGUUCGGGGCUUGUUUUGCUGAACCUCCCCUCCCACUGCAGCUGUCCCUGCUGAGCCCUGACCUCAUGAUGUCACGCUGGGCGUAGAACGUGUUGCUGCUGCUUGUUUAACCAGUGUGGCUUUCUAUCAUCCCUUUCCUCCAUGUGAAACCCGAGCCUGCUCCCCGGCCCGCUGCACUCCUCCACGGAGCUCCCUUCUAGCAGACUCUUCCGGAUUCUUCACGAUGGGUGACAUGAAGACCCCGGAUUUCGAUGACCUCUUGGCAGCUUUCGAUAUUCCGGACAUCGACACCAAUGAAGCCAUCCAUUCUGGCCAUGAGGAGGCUGAGGCUCACAUCAAGCAGGUCCCCGGGGAGCCCGUGGCCCCUGAACAUGUCCUCCCGCACACAGACAUCACUGCCGUCAGCGUGAUAGUGAAGAACACGGUCUGCCCCGAGCAGCUCGACCCCUUGGAUGGCCGCAGUAAAGAUGGGCACGGCCUCGGGCCCCGCCUGCUGCAGAAUGGCUUUGGUGCCCCCGAGUUGCCCAGGUCCCCCACCUCCAGGCCGGGGGAAGUGGUGGCAUCGUCCAAUGGAGAGUGCUGGGCAUCGAAGGAAAAAGGGGCAAAAACCCUGGACAUCUUUUCCCACUUCAGCCCCGAUCCCCAUGAGGAGAACUCUGCGGAUCUGAUCGACGGGCCUCGGGAGGGCAAACAGAAAGAUAAAGCCCUCUCUGUGCCCUCUCUCUCCCCAUCCCCCACCCCAUCUCCUGCCCUGUCGCCAGACUGCAAAGAGCCAGCUGGAGAGAGCACAGAGAGCCUCCCACCAGCUUUCCCGCAGCCCUUUGAAACCAGCCAAGCAGGGGCCAUGAAUGGCUCCCCUGCCACCAUUCCCCUGAUCAAGAAAGAGGAAUCCGACUCAGAGGAGCUGGACCAUGGGGCCAGCCCCAAGGGUUUGGCUGCAGCCCUGCGUGACAGCCCCUUGGGGCACCUGAAAUCGGUCACCGUCCGGUAUUCCACGGAUGAUUCCCCUGUGACGUCCUGGCCCAGCUCAGAUCCAAACCUUGACAGCAGCACCAGCAACCUCCCCGAAGUGAAAGACUCGCCCACCAGCCCUCAGGAGCCGUUCUUCAAACCUUCCCCGCUGGCGGAGGGAAGCCCCGGGCCCCUUGGCUCCCCCAAGCUGCUGGGGAGCAGCCCGCUCAAGGAAGAGCAGGAGGCUCUAGAGAAACCCCUGCGGAGCAUGUCGAGCGGUGAGGAGGAAGAGGAGGACGAUGAUGAUGGCAGCAACGACUCCCCCUCUUCCAGUUCCUCGCGGCCCCUCAAGGUACGAAUUAAAACCAUCAAGACGUCUUCCGGCAGCAUCACCCGGACGGUGACCAGAGUCUCCUCCGAUUCGGAGCCGGGAGCUGCCAAGCUGCCUUCGGAGCCAGGUUCUCAGGAGACCGCCACCGAGGGCGCCGUGCUCCCGGCUGCAGUGGUGAAAGAGGAGAGCAUGCUGGAGGUGCCCAAAAAGAAAAUGGAGCUCUCCAGCCCCCUGAAAGUCAUAGAAGGGCCCAAAAUUGUCAGUGUCCAACUCGGCAAUGGCACCAAAAUCAAAGGGACUGUCCUGCCGGUCACCACCAUCCAGAACGCCAGCAGUGCCAUGCUGAUCGCUGCCAGCGUGGCCCAGCAGAAAUCCGUGGUGCUGCCGGGCAAGGCUGUGACAAAGAACAUCAUCAACCUGGUGCCGCAGACCCUCCCCAAAGCCGACACCAGGACGAAUGUCAGCACGGUGACCCAGACCACCACCGUCACCACCACGGCCAACCAGAAAGUCAACGGCACCACAGUGGUGAUGGUGCAGCCGCAGAAGCCUUCGCCCACCAUUGCCGGCACGGUCAUUUCCAGGAGCCAGUCCAGCCUGGUGGAGGCUUUCAACAAGAUCCUGAACAGUAAAAACCUCUUACCAACCUACAAACCCAACCUGAAUCCUCCGGCAGACUCCAGCCUGGCUCUCCCGCCCUUCGGGUACCGCUGCUUGGAGUGCGGGGACUCCUUCGCCCUGGAGAAGAGCCUGGCUCGGCACUACGACCGGCGCAGCAUGCGCAUCGAAGUGACCUGCAACCACUGCACCAAGCGCCUGGUCUUCUUCAACAAGUGCAGCUUGCUCCUGCAUGCUCGGGAGCACAAGGACAAAGGCCUGGUGAUGCAGUGCUCCCACUUGGUCAUGAGGCCUAUUGCUCUGGAUCAAAUGAUUGGCCAGCCGGACAUCACCCCCAUAGUGUCAGUGACCUCCCUCGCCGCUGGCAAAGUGACUGGAGUGCCUCAGGAGGCCAUGGGGACAGCGAACGGGAUUCAGGACCAACCCAUCCUGCCCCUGACCGGCAGCUCAGAGCAAACCAGCUAUAACUGCUUCCGCUGUCUGGAGUGCAAGGAGCAAUGCAAGGACAAAGCCGGGCUCGCUGCGCACUUCCAGCAGGCUGUGACCCCGGGAACAACCCCCAGCACGGUGUGCACGACCUGUCCCAUGAUGAUGCCCAAUCCUUGCAGCUUUAACGCUCAUCAACGGAUGCACAAAAACCGACCCCCUCACGUGUGCCCUGAGUGCGGCGGGAACUUCCUCUUGGCGAACUUCGAGGCCCACCUGAAGGAGGCCUGCCUGCAUUUCUCCAGGAGGGUGGGGUACAGGUGCCCCAGUUGCGCCGUGGUGUUCGGAGGGGUGAAUUCCAUUAAGUCCCACAUCCAGACCUCGCACUGCGAGGUUUUCCACAAGUGCCCGAUCUGCCCCAUGGCGUUCAAGUCGGCCCCGAGCGCCCAUGCUCAUAUCUACACGCAGCACCCGGGGUUCAGCAAUCAGCAGUCCAAGAUGAUUUACAAAUGUGCAAUGUGUGACACAGUCUUUACCCACAAGCCCCUGCUCUCCUCUCACUUUGACCAACACCUGCUCAACCAGAGGGUCAGCGUUUUUAAGUGUCCUGACUGCCCGCUGCUCUUCGCCCAGAAACGCACCAUGCUGGAACAUCUGAAGAACACUCACCAGCCACAGAAACCCAAGGAGGAUCUCACCAAGAAGCCGGUCGCCCUGCUCACCCCCAAGGAGGAGCCCGUGGAAGCACCAGUCUCCAAGAUAUCUGAGUCCUCGUCCUCAUCCUCGGAGGAAGACGAGCCGCCCAGCUCCCCAGAGCUGCGCAAGGCAAAGCGGACCCGCUUUCAGCGCAAGACGGAUGCGAGCAAGUCGAAAAGCAGCGGCUGGACGUGCGGGAUGUGUCACUCCUGGUUCCCGGAGAGGGACGAGUAUGUGUCACACAUGAAGAAGGAUCACGGGAAGUCAGUGAAGAAGUUCCCGUGUCGUCUGUGCGAGCGUUCGUUUUGCUCCGCCCCCAGCCUCCGGAGACACGUGCGAGUGAACCACGAGGGGAUCAAGCGAGUCUAUCCCUGCCGGUACUGCACCGAAGGCAAACGCACCUUCAGCAGCCGGCUGAUCCUGGAGAAGCACAUUCAGGUGCGGCACGGGAUAAAGGUGACCGACCAGACCAAGAGCCAAGAGGUCGUCAUUGCCCGGAUGGGACCCGGAAGCUUGCAGGUGUCCAGCAGGAAGCGGAAGCUCUCCUCGGACGAGGGCGAUUCGUGUAGCGAGGAGCCGGACAGCACCACGCCACCUUCCAAGAACCCCAAGGUGGACCGCAAAGCCCCCUUCCGCUGCCGCAAGUGUGGCUACGUGGCUUGCAGCGCGGCCGAGUUCCAGGAGCACAUCCCCCAGCACAGGACAGACGAGAGCUCCCACCAGUGCCGGGAGUGCGGCCUCUGCUUCACCUCCCAGGUCUCUCUCAACCGCCACCGCUUCAUCACCCACAAGAAGAAGAAGGGGGCGGGGGAGGUGGAGGAGCCCAGCCCCCGCAGCGGCCACGAGGGAGGGGCCCAGCGCUCGGCCGACGGUAAACUCGUGUGCAAGGUGUGCGGGAAGUGCUUUGACACUCAGCUCAACCUGAAGACACACUUCCGCACCCAUGGCAUGGCCUUCAUCAGAGCCAGGCAGAACGUGAGCCCCGAGAACUAGGUGCGAGGGAGAGGGCAGUGUGUGUAUAUAAUCUCUGCACAGAGCUCGUAGGGCCGGCUCCCAGCUGGGCCUCCCCUCUCUGUGCACCGUUUCAGUACGUAGGUUGGAUAUGUAAGCUGUGAAGAGAAACGAGAUCCUUAUUUAUAAACCUAGAGGAAUGUCGGACGGAUCCGCUCUCUGGCUUCUCUCGGUUGCUGGCCCGGCUGAGCCCAACGCGAGGUGGGGAAUUGGGCUGGUUUACAGUGUAGGGAAGCAACAGGUCUAGCCUAGCUCCGAGACUACACAGGCAAGCAAACGGUUCGUAUGCUGCUCUGAAUGAUAACAAGGGAUGCGGCCUGCUCUGUAUGCGAGCAUGUGUUCAGAUUGUCGAGGGCGGUGGCUUCCCCUCAUUGGAUCAGGGAAGUUAGUCGUCCCUACCCAGCGUGGUCUGUAGCCCAGGGAGCUGUCUCCCAGCUCAGAGGGCAGGGCUCCGGUGCCAGGAUGUCACACCUUUCCUGAGCCCUGUUUCUGCUCUUUCUGGUGGGAGCUUCCCCCGCUUACUGGGAGCAUGCCUCUGCCGCAUUCGGACUUGUCCGAAGGGAGUCCUUUCUCUCCAGGAGCGCUGAUGUGGGGGAAGCCCCCAGCCGCUGCCCAGGAUAGGGGACUGGCUGGGAUGUUCACAGCAGGAUCCAACUUUUGGGGGUUUCUUUUUUUUUUUUUUUUU